CUCCUGACAUGCAUAAAACAUUUUAAGCUGAUAAUUGGAAUUCACCAUUAAAUUAAUCAUAUCAGACAACAUACAAGCUUCUGCGCCCUCAUGCGGAUGAUGGAGGAUUUUUUAAAGUUUAAGGCAUGUUAAGAUUGCGCAUGCCCAGCAUAUCGUAUCAAGUAAAUAAUUCUGUAUUUACUACCUUCUUAAGUCGAUCGCUUCUUGUUGGCCCAUUGUACAUUCCUUAUCUGGAAUCCCAUACACCAACUGUCCGAACACUUAUCAUUUGUCAUAAAGAUUUUAUAUUCAGUAAAGGAAUGAGAGAGUAUGAAAGGAAAAAAUCGAAAUCGUGCAUUGAGAAGAGAAAAUUCCACUUGCAAGACGGCGCGCAUGCAUGGCUGAACGAGAACCGCGCCGGGGCUGUGCAGUCGUUGCCCUCGAUCGAGAUCGAAGGUAAGCCAGACGCAAUUCGCAUGCGAACGUACAGGGAACUGACUUUAAAUUGCAUUGCAUCACAAACUGGAGACUCAAUCGAAAGACGAUUACCUCCUGGUCCUUGGGGUCUUCCAAUUAUUGGUAAUCUUCUAUCUAUAGAUCCUCAAACACCACAUAAGAGUUUGGCACAACUUGCCGGGAAAUAUGGACCAGUCUGUGGAUUACAUAUGGGUUCAAUUUAUACAGUAUUGUUAUCAGAUCCAAAGCUAAUACGUCAACUUUUCUCGAAGAAUGUUUUUUGUGGAAGGGCACCACUCUAUAUGACCCAUGGCAUAAUGAAAGGAUUUGGUAUAAUUGCAGCAGAGGGUAAUUUAUGGAAGGUUCAGAGAAAAUUUGUUUUGAACUGUCUUAAAAAUUUUGGCAUGACGAAAUUUGCUAGUUCAAAACGCGACUUAUUAGAAAAAAGAAUUCUACUCAGUAUUAAUGAAGCACUUAUGAAACUUGAAAUGCGAUCAAAUGAGAAAAGUGGAUUAGAUCCCCAUCAAACUUUGCAACAUUGUAUAGGAAACUUGAUGAACUUUUUUGUAUUUGGCAAAAUUUAUCAAGAAGAAGAUGAAGUUUGGAAAUGGUUACAAUUUUUGCAAGAAGAAGGUGUCAAACACAUUGGUAUUUCUGGUCCUCUGAAUUUUUUGCCAUUUCUCAGGUUUUUACCCCGCUAUUAUAAUAUAAUGAAAUUACUUAUUGACGGCCAAAAUAAAACGCACGAAGUUUAUCGAAAAAUACUGGCAGAUCAUAGAAAAUUUCCUAAUGAAAUGAACAGCUUCUUAGCAGCAUAUGAUAAAGAAAUGCAAAAACGUUUAGCAAAUGAAGAACCACUUGAUUCUUUUACUGAAAUACAAUGCGUUUACCUAUUAGCCGAUAUUUUUGGUGCUGGUGUUGAUACAACUUUAACUACACUUAGCUGGUUUCUACUUUUUAUGGUUGCUUUUCCCAAGGAACAGGCUAAACUCCAAGAAGAAAUUAAUAAAAUAGUCGGUGAAAAUGAACCAACGUUGGAAAAUCGUCGAGAUUUGACUCGAUUAGAAGCUACAAUUAUGGAAGUACAACGUCUUAGAAGCGUUGUACCUAUUGGGAUUCCACACGGGACAACUGAGGAUACUCAAAUUCAAAAUUUUACCAUUCCCAAAAAUAGUAUGAUAGUACCCCUACAAUGGGCUAUACAUUUAAAUCCUUCAUAUUGGCCGGAUCCAUGUAUGUUUGAUCCAAAUAGAUUUCUAACGGAAAAUGGUGGAUUAAAGAAACCAGAUGCUUUUAUACCAUUUCAAUUUGGUAAAAGAAUGUGUGUAGGAGAUGAACUUGCUCGAAUGAUUCUGUUUCUAUUUACUGCUCGUAUUUUGCAUCGAUUUUCGAUAUCAGCACCAAUAGGUAAUACUAUAAAUUUAGAAGGAGAUUGUGGUAUUACUUUAGUACCAAAACGACAGAAUUUGAUAUUUAAACGUCGUCAUUAGUAAUCUCGUAAAAAUAGAAAAUUCGGGAUAUCUGAAACAUAUCCCUAAAGAUUUAUUGCUAUUUAUAUAAUUUUUAUAUGUUACAGACAAAAUUUAAAUUUUAUAAAUUUUUAAAAAUCCAAUACCUUAA